CAACUCUUGGCUUUCGUUGAAGGUAGAACCUUUACUCAUGUCGCGCAUUUCAUUUCUUUUAUUUCUGUUUCACCAUUUCCCGAGAUAUUGUUAAAACUCCUCAGUGAAAACAAAACGUUUGCGUGACUUAAUCGUUCAGUUCCAAAUUCAAGCAUGUUUUCGUAUGAAAGAUAGUUUGUUUCGAGUGUAUAAGGAGUUAUGGAUCAGAGACCCAACUGUAAUGUAUUUGGAUACAUUGAUUGGACGACUGGUCUUCUAUUGAGCGAAAACUCAUCAGAAGUUUACCUGGAGCAACAACAUCAGUCGCAACAGCAUCAGCAUCUGCUACCGCAGCCAACUCCGCCCACUGCACUUCCUACGACAAUUGCACUACCUCGACCUCCCACACAAUCACCUACUCAUCUAAGACUUCAGCCUCAACAAGGACUUCCCAUCACUUCCCCGCCACUGUCUUUGUCACUAACACCAAUCGUCCAGCUAACCAACACGUCGACUCAUUACACUCCUAGCUACACAAUUGCUCCGACGACGGAAAUUGUGAUAAAUAGGUCUGCGGGUAGUUAUCAGUUGCAGCAGAAUUUGAGUGCCGGUUCGAACUAUCUAUCCCCGUUUGGAGAAUCAUCUUACAAUACUGAUCAACGUGCGGUUAGCUACAACCAUCGCUAUCCGUUUGGCCAACAGUUUCAAAGUGCUGCGACAGUAGCACCGCCUGACCCCGUUGGCUGCUCUUCCUUGUUCCCUGUACCCAUUCCAGGACCCAGUCGGCACCCUUCGUCGGAUUCUUUCCCCGUCAUGACAAGCCGCACCAAAUCCAAAGGGAAGGAUCGCCUCUCCAACAAAAGAGGAACUUCGGUUAUGUCUGAGCCAGCUGAAGACUUCGGUAGUCGUAGCUCGAAAUUUCAGCGUUCACACUCGUCCUCGUUAGCUGAUUACGAUGAUAUUCAAUCACAUUUCUUAAGAGAUGUAAGUCGAGACGAAGAUGAACCAGAAGAUACGAGGAUGAUGACACCGUCUCCUACACCAUCAGAUGAGCCCCGAGGAAACAGAGGCGGUGGAAGGCAGAAUCACAGUGAAAUUGAAAAACGACGAAGAGAUAAGAUGAACACAUACAUUACCGAGCUGUCUCGAGUGGUGCCAAUGUGUAUAACAAUGUCGCAUAAACUCGACAAGCUGACCGUACUCCGCAUGGCUGUUCAACAUCUUAAGACUAUUCGAGGUGCCAUCCAUUCCUACACAGAGGGGGACUACAAGCCCUCGUUUCUUUCUGACGAAGAACUCAAGCGUCUCAUCUUGCAGUCUGCUGAUGGUUUUUUAUUCGUCGUGGGCUGCGAUCGAGGAAGGAUGUUGUACGUCUCCGAGUCAGUGUCUCAAGUGCUCAAUUAUUCUCAGGGUGAUUUACUAGGCCAAAGCUGGUUUGACAUUUUACAUCCUAAAGACGUCGCUAAAGUGAAAGAACAGUUAUCGUCGUCUGAUCUCAGUCCUCGCGAGCGGCUAAUUGACGCCAAAACUAUGUUGCCCGUGAAAACUGACGUUCCUCAAGGUCUGUCUAGACUCUGCCCAGGAGCUCGCCGCUCAUUCUUUUGCCGCAUGAAAUGUCGAGCCGUCCAACCAGCUAAAGACUCGUCAGACGCGUGUGGCAUGUCAUCAUCUAAGCAUAGAAAAACGCAAAAUAUUAGCAAAGAAAAAAAGUUUACUGUGGUGCACUGUACUGGCUACUUGAAAUCUUGGGCACCCGCAAAAAUCGGAGUUCACGAUCAAGAUGCCGAAGGGGAUGUGGACGCUUGCAACCUUUCAUGUUUGGUAGCAGUUGGUCGGGUUCAACCGUCAAAUUUACAAAAUUACAAACCGAGGGGAACUCCUGGCAAAGAAAGUUUAGUUAAUGACUCGUCACUUCGGCCCCGCUCUUUAAAUUUUGAAUUCAUAUCACGUCAUACGAUUGACGGAAAGUUCGUUUUUGUAGAUCAACGUGCUACCCUGUUGCUCGGACUCUUGCCACAGGAGUUACUAGGCACAAGUAUGUACGAAUAUUAUCAUGUUGAUGACAUUGUGGCCCUAACGGAAGUUCACAAGUCUGCUCUUCAGACAACUGAAACCGUUACAACUGCGGUUUACCGAUUCCGUGUCAAAGAAGGCACCUUUGUCCGGCUCCAGAGUCGCUGGAAAUCCUUCAGAAAUCCUUGGACUAAGGAUAUCGAAUUCCUUGUGGCCAAAAACUCCUACAUAGAGGCUGAAUGCUCAGAUGUCGCAAACUCCUGCAUGGAUUCGUCGUCUGUGAAUUUUUCCAACAGUGAUAUGUUUUAUCAAGGUUCAGGAACAGGCAGUAACCAAACAACAUCAACUAGAGUUCGAUUGUUUAGCAUGGAAGUGGAAGCUAGUAAAAUUGGACAGACUGUGGCUGAUGAAGUUCUCGACUUCCAUCGCUCAAGAUCACGUUCUUCGGCGUCGGCCAUUUCUUCUUCUGCUGUCCGUUCGCCAGGAUCGAUUAUUUCUUGCUCAGCUACUGCGUCCCCGUUUUCCAACGUUGGCAGUCCACUGGACUCGGAACCCAACUACCUAGUGACGGGAGUUCUUCCGUCUUCAUUUUCCAAUGAGGAUAUGCGUCGUAAUCCAAUUUCAGUGGUUGGAAAUACUCCUAGUGUUCAAUCGACGACAUCAACUACGAUGAACACGUCAACUAAUUCGGAAUCAGUAGCGGCCAUCCUCUCCGUGCAAGUGAAUAGCAACGGCAGCGGAAGCAAUAGCAGCGGAAGUAACAGCGGAAUGCGCGGCAACGAAAACAACCAUCACAAUCGCAACAACAACCACAACCACGUCAAAGUCAGGAACAACGCUCAGCUAUUACACAUCCUGAACGAAGCCGGUUUACACGCCGACGAGGACAUGAUGGAAGUGAUUGGCGGUCUAAUGAUGGACCAGUCGCAAAGCUCCUCCCGUGAAAAUAGCAGCCCCGGUGAUGGUAACGACGAAGCAGCUAUGGCGGUUGUGAUGAGCCUCUUGGAAGCAGAUGCCGGACUCGGCGGACCUGUUGAUUUUUCCGGCCUACCUUGGCCAUUGCCUUAAGAUUUUGGGUACACGAUCCUUAGGAUUUUGGUGAUCACUCGUCUGUUAUGUGAAUCAUAAAACACCUGAAGAACGACGUCAGCUAUUAGUAGGUAGAGUUCACGGUUUGGGUGUAAAUUUACGAAUCCAAAGUCUCAAAUGAAAAAGAAAACUUUGUUUUUAUUUUGUUUGUUUUUUAAAUCAGCGUUGAUUCGUUGUUAAGUGUGCAUUUUAAAAAAAUCAUAUGUGAUCUAUUGAAACCAGGUGUAGCUAUAUACGUUUUGCACCCCCAAAUCAACAACAAAACAAAAAACGCAAAUUAUGUGUCCGGAAAAUGUAAUGGAUGUACCUGAUCCCUAAAAAUACGAUUUUACUCGAUUGAAAUCUUAUUCCCAGUUCACUGUUUCCCGUGAAAUCUGUUCAAAUAUAGAAAGAAGAGGCUCUAAGAUAACAAAUAUAUAUACAUAUAUAUAUA